AUGUCUGGGAUCCUGCUCUCUGACUUCAAGAACAAAGAGGAGCUCAGUGCACAGGCUGACCGCAAAGGGGCUCUGCCCUCUGGAAUCCAAACCUGGAAGCCCCGUUUCACCUUCGUCACACCUGCUGUAGUUUUUGCAGGCUGCCCUGGACAAGAGUCGGCCCCACCCAGCGCCGAAAAUGACUUCUCUGGGCAGAAUGGCGGCACCGGCCAGGAAAAGAAGGCCUUGAAGUUCUCCCCAUCCAAGCGCAUCUUACGAAGAUACAAGAGAGAGUGGGUGAUCCCGCCAAUAUCUGUCUCUGAGAAUGGCAAGGGGCCCUUCCCCCAGAGGCUGAAUCAGCUCAAAUCGAAUAAGGACAGAGGCACCAAGAUUUUCUACAGCAUCACGGGGCCUGGGGCAGACAGCCCCCCUGAGGGCGUCUUCACCAUCGAGAAGGAGACAGGCUGGCUGCUGUUGAAUAAACCGCUGGACCGCGAGAAGAUCGCCAAGUAUGAGCUCUUUGGCCACGCUGUGUCGGAGAACGGCGCCUCGGUGGAGGAGCCCAUGAACAUCUCCAUCAUCGUGACAGACCAGAAUGACCACAAGCCCAAGUUCACCCAGGACGUCUUCCGGGGGAGCGUCUUGGAAGGGGUGGUGCCUGGCACCCCUGUCAUGCAGGUGACGGCCACAGAUGAGGACGACGCCAUCAACACCUACAACGGGGUGGUUGCUUACUUCAUGCACAGCCAAGAGCCCAAGGACCCCCACGACCGCAUGUUCACCAUCCACCGCAGCACCGGCACCAUCAGUGUCGUCUCCAGUGGCCUGGACCGGGAGAAAGUCCCUGAGUACAGGCUGACCAUCCAGGCCACGGACAUGGAUGGGGACGGCUCCGCCACCACGGCCAUGGCCAUCGUGGAGAUUCUCGACGCCAACGACAACGCCCCCAUGUUUGACCCCGAGAAGUAUGAGGCCCGGGUGCCUGAGAACGCCGUGGGCCAGGAGAUACAGCGGCUGACAGUCACUGAUCUGGACGGCCCCGACUCGCCAGCGUGGCGCGCUACCUACCGCAUCGUGGGAGGCGACGACGGGGACCGUUUUACCAUCACCACCGACCCCGAGAGCAACCAGGGCAUCCUGACAACCAAGAGGGGCUUGGAUUUUGAGACCAAAGCCCAGCACACCUUGUAUGUGGAAGUGACCAACGAGGUUCCGUUCGUGGUGAGGCUCCCAACCUCCACGGCCACUGUAGUGGUCCACGUAGAGGACGUGAACGAGGCCCCCGUGUUUGUCCCGCCUUCCAAAGUCAUCGACGUCCAGGAGGGCAUCUCUGUCGGGGAGACCGUCUGCGUCUACACCGCACAGGACCCCGACAAGGAGGACCAGAAGAUCAGCUACCACAUCCUGAGGGACCCAGCAGGGUGGCUGGCGAUGGACGCGGACAGUGGGCAGGUCACGGCCGCAGGCGUCUUAGACCGCGAGGAUGAGCGGUUCGUGAGGAACAACAUCUACGAAGUCACGGUCUUGGCCACGGACGACGGGAGCCCUCCCACCACUGGCACUGGGACUCUCCUGCUAACACUUACCGACGUCAACGACCAUGGCCCAGUCCCUGAGCCCCAUCAGAUCACCAUCUGCAACCAAAGCCCUGUACCCCAAGUACUGAACAUCACGGACAAGGACCUGUCCCCCCACUCCUCCCCUUUCCAGGCCCGGCUCAGUCAUGACUCGGACAUCUACUGGACAGCAGAGGUCCAUGAGAAAGGAGACACGGUGGCCUUGUCCCUGAAGAAAUUCCUGAAGCAAGACACAUACGACGUGUACCUGUCCCUGUCUGACCACGGCAACAGGGAAGAGCUGACGGUGAUCAGGGCCACCGUGUGCGACUGCCGCGGCCACGUGGACACCUGCCCCGAGGGCUGGAACGCGGGCUUCGUCCUCCCUGUCCUGGGGGCUGUGCUGGCUCUACUGCUCCUCCUGCUGGUGUUGCUCUUGUUGGUGAGAAGGAAGCGGAAGGUCAAGGAGCCCCUCCUGCUCCCAGAAGACGACACCCGCGACAAUGUCUUUUACUACGGCGAAGAGGGUGGCGGUGAGGAGGACCAGGACUACGACAUCACCCAGCUGCACCGCGGCCUGGAGGCCAGGCCCGAAGUGGUUCUGCGCAACGAUGUGGCCCCGACCUUCAUCCCCACCCCCAUGUACCGCCCUCGGCCAGCCAACCCAGACGAGAUCGGCAACUUCAUCGUGGAGAACCUGAAGGCGGCCAACACGGACCCCACGGCGCCGCCCUACGACUCCCUGCUGGUGUUCGACUACGAGGGCAGCGGCUCGGACGCCGCCUCCCUGAGCUCGCUCACGUCCUCGGCCUCGGACCAGGACCAGGACUACGACUACCUCAGCGAGUGGGGCAGCCGCUUCAAGAAGCUGGCCGACAUGUACGGUGGCGGCCAGGACGACUAGGCCGAGGCCUCGGGACCCUGUGGGGCAGGGGCCUCAGCAGCUCGGACGUUCGGAGGGUCGGGUCCUGAGCCUUCCGGGGUGGAAGCUUCUGGGCGAUGUGGUCUGGACACCGCCGCCUGCCGCCGAGGUCGGAUCUGGCUCAGAGGCCACGCCUCCUUCAGGCUCUCCACCUGCCACAAAUGCCGUCCGUGCCGGACCCUGGAGCAGCCUCUGCUCUUUGGAGGCUGCUUCUUGCAACCUCUUUUUUUUU